UACAAUUAAUAAUAAUAAUAAAUAAAGUUUGUACGAUACGCAAUUCUAAAAAGUUUUGAUUAAAUUUCAAGCCGAUAGAAUUGUGUUUAGAAUUUCCAGAUGGGUGUCCGAGGGUUGACAACUUAUAUAAACCGACAUCAAGACUUGUUCUUGAAAGACUACUAUUUACAUGACACCAGCUUGGUUAUCGACGGACACAGUUUAUGUGCGCAGUUGUAUGUAUCGCUGAACACGUCUUUCCCGGCGUUUGGUGGUGAUUAUGACAAUAUUGCAUUGCUGACGAAGAAGUUCUUCAAGAAUCUGCGGAAAUGUAACGUGACACCUUUUGUUAUUUUUGAUGGUUGCCACGAGACUAGAAAAUUGAAGACGGUGCUUAGCCGGCUUAGAAACAAAUUAAAAGGUACUUCUCAACUGGAUCCAGUGACACAGAAAAACCUCAAGAUCUUCCCUUAUAUGCUUCGAGAUGUAUUUAGAGAAAUACUCAUUGAAUUGAAAAUCUCCUAUACAAUAUGCGAGUUUGAAGCUGACGAAGAAAUUGCUGCGCUUGCUCGACAUCUCAACUGCCCUGUACUGAGUUAUGACUCUGAUUUCUUCAUAUACAAUGUCUUUUACAUCCCCUUUAAUAUGUUAGAUAAAAAACCCAAGCAAAUUGAUCUGGAUGGCUCAAGGGUUCAUGUAAUGGAAUGUAAGCUAUACAAAGUACAAUAUUUGUGUGAACAUUUUAAGGGUCUGCAAGAGGAACUUCUGCCAUUAUUAGCAACUGUGCUCGGGAAUGAUUAUGUGGAGAAACAGGUCUUUUCUAAAUUUUUUAAUCAACUCAAGCUGCCUAAGAGUAAGGGUGUGAAAAAUGAUGAACAGCGACAAAUACAAGCCUUAUUCAACUGGCUACAAAAUGAGACAUUACACUCUGCUAUCUCUAAAAUAUUAGGGAGGCUUAAGAAAGAUCAGAAAAAUAAGGUUAAAACAAUAAUCAAAAAGAGUAUUGACGGAUAUUAUUGUAGUGAUUGUAAAUCUAUUAGAUAUUUCAGUUUACAGUCUGAUCUUGACAAAAACUAUGAUUUUAUUAUGCCUGAAGAUGGUGAUGAAGGUGCUUAUUUUGAUGUUGAAGACUGUGACGAUUUGAAUGAUGAUGAUGAGUGCAAUGAAGGUGCUGCUAUUGAUGAAGAUGAAGAACAGGCAAAGAAUACCUCUACACUUAAUUUUAAGAAUUUACCUGAUUGGCUUGCUUGCAAAAUUCGUAACAAUCUUAUACCAACUACAUAUUUAAAUUUAUAUGCACAUCAUAAACACAUUUGCAAUCCCCAACCAGAAGAUUUUACUGAUGAGGAUUCUUUUCUCAGUGUUUUACCAAUUGUACGUUAUGCUUUUGAUAUUUUGACAGAUUUUUCCCUUGACAACUUUUUGUAUUAUAGUAGAGAAAAUGACCACUAUUGGAAAUUACCUGUUGGUAAUGAUUAUUCUGUUGAGAGACCACUUGACAUACCCUAUGAACAACUUUCAGAUACACAGUUGAAGCAAUAUUUUCAACAUUUUCUUAAUAUAGAACUCCAGAAUCUAGAUUAUACUGCAAUAGAGAGGUUGCCGUCGAACUUUCAACUCAUUAUGAUAUCAAUUCUUUGGUGGAUUAAAUAUUGUAGUGUGCCAGCUGCACAUGUACACAGUUUAAUCAUGUCAUACAUUAUGCUGCAAAUUAUUGAUGAAAAAACUGGCACUGCCCGAAAUCACUUUCAAUUUAAUAAUAGGCACACAAGUAAACUUAGGGAAUUAAGACAAAACGCCAAUGAAAAUAUAGAAAUUUGUGAAAAUUUUCUGAAUAAGAACAAAGUACAGUACACAGAUUGUCUUUUAGCUGCAAGUGUACUUUUAAAACAUUUUGAAAUAGAUGACAGCAUUAUUAAAAAACCUAAAAGUUAUGACACAAAAAAAAUACAUUCAUUUGCCCAAUUUCAAUGUGCAUUACAGCAAAUUAACGCUUUGAACACUUUAUGCACAUCACCAUUUGAGAGUACUGUUUGUUAUAAAAGUUAUAAUGGUACUUUUGUUUAUAAUAUUGCUUUGAAGUUGGAAAACCAAGUAGACCCUACAGCAUUCCUUGAGCAGUACAUAAAAGGGGCUAAUACUGUAAUAAUGUUUUAUAAAAGCAUUUGUAAAAUUUAUGGUGAAUUGUUGGAAAAAAUGAAAUUAUCAACUAUACAAUGGUCACAUAAGAGAAAAAGGAGCCGCUGCGAUAAUUGUGAAGGGCAGUCACGACAUUGUAGGUGGUCCUGAACUGCAUUGC